CCCGAGAGGAGGGCAGCCGCCGCGUCGCCAUACCCCGUGCAACGCUAUAGGCUACGAAGUCUUCAUGCUGAAUGCUUCAGUUCCUCUACAGCGGUCAGGUUGUCGGUUUCUGCCGCAGAAGCACGAGCCGAGGGCCGGGUGCAGUGAGAGGGGGUGCUGGCACGUGCACUGCACUGCUGCUGUUGAUCUCGCUCUUGAUGUCCUCGCCGCUGCUAGGGCUUUUGGGGUUGAGCAGCUUGCAAUGAUUGCUCAGAAACAACUGGCUAGCAUUGUUGAAAAAGCCUCGAUAGAUGAUGUAAUGAAGGUCCUCAUCGCCUCCCGGAAGCAAGACCUCCAGCAGCUGCUGACACCACCUGUUCCCGCCUCGCGUCGCCAACUCGGCCUCCGCCUCCGAAAUCCUCUCCGUCAAGCUCAAUGGUCAUGGGGCGAGGGCCUCAACCUCGACGACGCCUCGCCCUCCACUUACGCCGUCGAGAACUGCAAGCCCGAGUCGUCAAGUGCCCUCCUAGAGCUCGGGCCGCCGGACGUCAACCACCCGGCGGGGCCCGGGGGCAGACCCCGCCUCCACGCGGCAGCCGAGAAUGUCUGCCCCGACAUGGUCGCCCUGCUGCUUGACCCACACUGCCGACACCGAAUGUUUCGAACAGUCGACGGAGUGACCCAUGUGGACGUGUCCGGUCACCUGAGUUCCGAUUUUUUGUUUAAAGGGGUGCCGUGGCUGAAUCAUGUUGAGCCGAAUACGAGAGUUUGUCUGGAGGCUGUGCAGUCUGCCGGGGCGAUGGCUGAGUGUCGCCAGGGAAGCAGGUUGGCGCGGUGUACAGGCGGCGUAAGCGGAAUCAUGAUAGCGGCGAGCGGCGCACCGCCGACCGCGGCGGCGGCGACGAGGAUGACGAGUCUGAGCUUGGAUAGGAGGAUGGUGUACUUGAAUUUGGGGAUGCAUGGUGUGCAGCAGCAUUUGGAUCAAGGGAGGGAGGAGGAGGGGAUCAGCGGUAGUAAUAGUGCUUCUAGGGUUCAAGGGAGGGGUGGGAGUGCUAUUGGGUCAUCAUCAUUGUAUUCUCAUCAUGAUCAAUUUCCAUAGUUGUGGGUGUAACUAAAAUUGUA